AUGCCUUAUGCCCAUAUGAAUUUUUAUAUGCACUAUGUAAUCUAUGCCAUGCAUUAUCCUUCCUCUUGGCCUUCUCGAUUCUCGACACUGAGCGCACUGAGCGUGCCAACCUCAGACUGACUUUGGUGCUAAAUUGAGUCGCACACGUGUCUCGAUCACAUGCCCAGUUGCGCCACGUGGGAAAUUUCUGAAAUUGCAGCUUCGUCGUAAAGGCCCAAGCACACUUGUUUCUUUCUCCCUGCUCCUUCUUUCUCAUUCUAGGGCGCAUCAUGGGCAAAGACAAAUCAGAGAAAAAGGAGAGGAGACGUUCAGAAGUAAGCGAAAAGAUCACGGAGUCCAUCGAGGUUGUUGAGGAUAUUGAGAUGGAAGUUGCUGAGGUCGCGAAGGUAGAAAAGAAACGCAAGACAGAAAGAGAGGAAGUGAUUAUCCCUCUUGAAGAUCUAUCGCCCAUUGCGCAUCCCCUAGCGCAGAAGAAGUUAUUGAAGAAGCUUCACAAGACAAUCAAGAAAGCCUCGAAAUCGCGGCAAGUCAAGCGAGGUGUGAAGGAAGUAGUAAAAGGCAUCCGAAAAGGAGAGAAGGGACUCCUUGUUCUUGCAGCAGAUAUCACGCCAAUUGAUAUCAUUUCCCAUCUGCCCGUACUCAGUGAAGAUGCUGGUAUACCAUAUGUCUUCGUAACAUCAAAGGAGGAGCUCGGACAUGCGAGCGCAACAAAACGUCCGACAAGCUGUGUUAUGGUAUGUCCUGACCAGAAAAAGAAGACGAAGAAAAAGGAGGGAGAAGAGGACAAGGUGGAGGAUUACCGAGAGCUGUAUGAGGAAUGCUGUCGGGAGGUCGGGAAGCUUGACCAAAAAAUCCUGAUUUGAGUCAUUUCGUUCCUGGGCAUUCGUUGUCUUCCAUUGCGUAUAUAGAUUGUAUAAUAUCUUUUAUUUUUCUUGUGUAUCAUGAUUCACUUAACUUUGAGUUGCUCUAGUCGAUGAUCUCGG